CGAGAGCUAUAGAGAGAGAGAACACAAACGAGUGGAUUUUAGAAAGAGAGAGAAAGAGAGAGAGAUCUAGAAGAAAGGUGACGUUCGUCGGAGAUAAUGGCGGCGGUAAGGAGAAGAGAACGAGAAUCGGUGGAAGAAAAUGGAGUAACGACGCCGGUGAAGAGGAGGAAGAUGGAGGAGGAGGAGGUGGAAUCAUCAAGGAUAAUAUCGUCGCCGUGCGUCGUACAGGCGACGAAUAAUCGUGGUGGUGGAACGGUGGAUAGGAAUUCAGCUGGAGCGUCGGAGACGAGUGUUGUAAUAGUUCGACGGCGAGAUUCUUCGGCUGAAGAAGAAGAGGACUAUCAAAUCGGAGAAGAGUCGUGUUGUUCAAGUAUUAGAUUGGAAGAGAAAUCGAAACGGAGAAUCGAAUUUGUAGAUUAUGUCGAGGAAAAUAACGGUGAAGAUGAUGAUGAUGAUGAUCAAAGUGGAACGUCAUGGAUUUAUGAUGAUUUUAAUAAGAGGAGGAGAGAUUCAAAUGGUGAGGAGGAGGAAUCAUCGAUGGAUUCAGAAGAAGAUGUUGUUGUAAAGUCACGUCGUCGGUUAAAGAUGAAUAAGAAGAAGAAGAGUUGUGUGACGAAGACGGUGAAUGAAACUGAGUUAGAUGAUUUUUUCCAAGCGGCGGAGAGUAAUUUACGCAAUCAAAUCUUGGAAUCUUCUAUCAAGUAUAACUUUGAUUUUGAGAAAGAGGAGCCAAUACAAGGUGGACGAUACGAGUGGGUUAAAUUGAAUCCAUGAAGCUGAUCAUGAAAGACUCACCCAACACCCAAAGUACUUGAUCUCUUUCUGUAAUUCAUAUCUCUGCUUAACAAAAUCCCAAAUGUAGAUAUAUCUUUCUCUCUUUCUUUCUUUCUUUCUUUCUUUCCCUCAAAUAAUUUAGUAAAAUGUACUUCAAAUUUCGUUUUGUCUUUCACAAGUAUAUAAUUAGAUUUCAUGUUUUAUUCUU